AUGCUUUUCAACUUCUGUGAUCCUCGUUUAAAGCCAGAAAUUCAAUGUAGUGCUGUUAAUACAGAAGGAUAUGAAAUUACUAAUUUAAUAAAUGAUUCUGACAAAGGAUUUUUGGCAUAUGCUUGUAUCAAGCCUCCCAUAAAUAUUGACAUUACUUUUUUAUGCAACGUGUGCAUCAACCAUAUUCUAAUUUGGCCACAAGUUGGUUCUCAAAAAUCAUCAGGCUUUCAAUUGUACGCCAAGACUAGCAACAAUGCCAAUCUACCUUAUAGUUUAUUAGGUAGUGGAUUUUUAAACUCCACAGACGCUGGUUUAUUAUUCUGUCCAUCAAGUAUUAAUCAUGAAACAAUUUCUACUCCAAUGCCUGCAUUAGGUAAGAUUGAAGUAUGGGGAAGCGUAUCACCACGUUGUAGAAAAGAUACUGUAGCUACUAUUUCUACUUUGUGGUUUAAAGAACAAUCUUGCUCAACUGAAUCUGUGGAGAAAUGUGAAAGCACCAGUUCAUCUGUUAAUACUACAGAUAAUAAAGAAACAUUAGAAUCAAAUCUGCAAGUUCCAGAAUGUUUCUUAGAUGCUAUUACUUAUGAAAUCAUGACUCAACCAAUUCUUUUGCCAAGUGGAAAAAUAAUCGAUCAAAGUACGUUACUGAAACAUGAAGAAACUGAAGCAAUAUGGGGAAGAACAUUGACUGAUCCUUUUACUGGUUUGCCAUUUAGUGAAAAUCGUAAACCAGUUAUAGCAAAUGCUUUAAAAAUAAGAAUAGACAAAUUUUUGCUUGAAAAUAGCAAUGACGAGACAAUUAAAAAAUUACCAAGAGUGUUGGGCCGUAAAUUGUCUGCUGAUGGUGAUCUAUCUAAUAAAAAGGUAGCAGAAGUUCCUAAUUAUUUGUUAAAAAGAAAUAUAAUUAAAACUUCAAACAACAUUAAAUCAAAGUUUCAUUGUUCUGUAGUAAGUUCUGUAAAAGCAGAAAAGAAACUUUGUCAUAAAUUGCCGGUUGUUAUAAUGUCUCAAAAACGAACUGCUGCUUUAAUUAAACCAGCAAAGAAAAAAAUAACUGCCAAUUCUUAUACUUCUACCACACAUUUGUCUAAAAAUCUAGAUGGAGAGCAAAAAAAUAAUUGUACUGAUAUACUGGACUUAACUGUUAAUAGUGAAACAGAUUUUGACAUUAAUAUAGCAGUACCCAAUUUAAAACGUUUUAAUAACAUUCAAAGACAGAAUGAGUCAAAAUUGAAAUUAACUUGUUCUUGUUGCUCUAAUGGCAUUUUUUAUCAGCUCCCAUGUAAGGAUAUCUUAUGUAGAAAAGUCUUAACAUCAGUGAAAAAUAAUGAAUGUACAUCUUGUGGUACACCUUAUAAGAAUAACGAAAUAGAACAAGACUCAUUCCAAGCCCUGUUAAGCCUUGGUAUAGUCCCUGUGCCAUUCCUUGAGGGCGCAUUCUCCUGGAUUCUUCUUGCCGUUGAAGAUGUUCCUCAUCAAGUGUCAGACGAUCUAAAUUUCGAGCUACACUUGAUGCGAGUUUUGUUACAGAGUUCAACGUACCUGUAUAUAAAAUUAUAAAGUUAUAAAUAUAGAACAAUUUGAUAGUUAAUUGCGGAUGCUUGCAUAUGUUAAUACCUGCUGUGACAUGUCUCAUUAAACUAGCAGAACCAUGUGUUAUACCAACGAUGAAACCCCACGGUCCUUGUAACAAGCCUUGAAACGGAAGAGAAAUAAAAUCUCGAAGACCUGAACCAAGAGCUUGUGCUAAGCUACCAGGAGAACCUAAUAUUUCUAACGAUCCUACCACCCAACCUAAGAUGCGAAUUUUUUAAUGUAAUAUUAAAUUAUAUUUAAAUAAUUAGUAGAAGUAUAAUAUUAAAGAAUUUGAAUGGUAUAAUCUUUAUACCUGCUCCAAAUAUAGCACCAGACAAGUAAUGCAUUGUAAGAGCAUUGCCAAGUCUAUAAGGUGUAGUUAAAAUGUUCUUCUUCUCAAAAGUGCCAAAAUAUAAAGGAGAGUGAUCUAAAGCCACAUAUAAACGUACAGAGGUAUGAACACUUAACAAGAUAGAGACAGGGUCUAUCUUUAAAUUUUGUAAUCUUAAUGGGGCGCUUAAUAUUCUCGCGUCAAUCACUAUAUAAUCAGGAAUGUACACUCCGAUAGUUGAAACUAACGUUCUUGUCUUUUUCACAUCGUCUGGUAUCAGAAAUCGAGGUGGUACCAUUGAAGUUGCGUAAUUUAGUAAUUGAGUUAUGUAUGUAUCUUCAAUAUAGGCACUAAUUGGUGCAAUUUUCAUAUGUAGGUCUUUUGAUGCUGAAAACGUUAUGAAGAAAUUAAUAUGUAUAGAGAAGCUUAUUAAAUGCAUUUAAAGAUUAAAUAAUUAAAUACCUCUUAAUUGUCCUUGAUUUUCUAACAUAUAAUCAAUCGCAAUUAAUGAAUUUUCUCUUAUUUGUUCUAUUUUAUUUAUUAAACAACUGCUCGUAUAAAAUGCUGUUUCCUUCAUUGUAAGUGGACUUUGGCUGAUCAGUACUACUGGAAAAUCAAAGCCACCUUGAUCAAAUAGUUGGUUAUCUAAUUGUAGAUCUCCUAUGAAAGCACGUAAAUUUACAAUUCUGGAUCUUGCAUUAAUGGCGAUUAUAACAUCAGUCAUGGAUAAGCUGGCCACUUCGAUUCUUUGA